AUGCCAACGGAAACCAGAGCGAGAGCUGCUAUGAAAGAACCGCUCGAGCGAAAUGAUGAAAAUUUGGAAAUUCAAGACGAUGGGCAAAAUGUCUUGUCUGCAGAUCAACUUGGUCAUCAAGAUAUAUUGUUGCAAGAAUUACUUGAAGCCAGUAGGUGGCAAAGUCAUCACGUCUGGGAGAUAGCUAUUUUCAGCGAGAGAUUUUGAAUACAGUUGAUGAGCAACAGGUUUUGAUGAUUGAUUAUAAAGAGAUACAUGACCGACAGUUGUUCGAAUUAACUGGCAAAUUGAAGUGAUUACCUCUGGAUUUCUCUCGGUUGUGUGACGAGAAUAAUGAACAUGAACAAACAGUCUUUGAUUUACAUGCAAAAAUUGGACAGCUGGUAACCACAAACAAGUUAAACCAAGAGCGGUUAGUCGCUGUUCACGCUGGUAUGCUAGCCUCCAGCCAAGAAAUAAUCAAGACAGAGUUGCGUGGCAAAUUUUCGACGGCCUUCGAAAAAUUCCGUACUGAAAUUCUACAUGAAAAGAAAUCUACGCGAGAACGACUGGAAAGACCUGAAAUAAAACGGGAGAUUUCAACAAGUGAUAGCAAAACUCAAGCUACAAUUGCCUUUAGAAGCCCCGAACACGAAUGCACGGUGGAUACGAUGAAAGCACCCUUCACUUUCCAACCUUAA